GGUCGGGGCGGCAGCGCAGCGGUUGGGGCGGCGGGAUGGAGAUCGACCAGCCGCUUCCCGUGCUGCGCUCGGUGAACACCCGCGAGCCAUCCCAGGUCAUCUUCUGUAACCGCAGCCCGCGCGUCGUGCUGCCGCUGUGGCUCAACUUCCACGGCGAGCCGCAGCCCUACCCCCCGAUGCAGCCGGGCACGGGCCGCCGAAUGCACAGCUACCGGGGUCACCUGUGGCUCUUCAGAGAUGCGGGUACACACGAUGGGCUUCUGGUGAACCAGACUGAGCUGUUUGUGCCAACUCUCAAUGUUGACGGACAGCCCAUUUUUGCCAACAUCACACUGCCAGUGUACUCGCUGAAAGAACGAUGCCUCCAGGUGAUCCGCAGCCUGGUCAAGCCCGAGAACUACCGGAGACUGGACAUUGUGAGGUCACUCUACGAAGAUCUGGAAGACCACCCGGAUGUGCGGAAGGACCUGGCGCGCCUGAGCCAGGAGCACUUUACAAACCAAAGUGCUGAGAAUGGCAGCUGAACUUCACACUGUCAUAGGCUGUGGGUGGGCAUAGACGCCACCUGUGCUGGGCAUUGGUGGAGCUGCCUGCACUUGCUGGCAGCAUCAGAGGAGGAAGUUGUUGCCUCCAUUGACUCACCUUCUGCCUAGGAAACUGGAGAAGAGGCCUGCCCUCUUUCCCUCUGGAGCCCGGGGCCUCUCUUUGGUUCUGAAGGUUUUUCCCGGUGGCUUCCACGUUUCUCCUUGGCAGGAUCCGGUUGACAUUUUCCUGCUCAGGAGGACAGGUCCAGGCAUCCUGGCCGCUCCUCCUGAGUUCGGAGUGACCGUUCCCCAGGCGCCUCCUGGUUUGUGAGUGGCUGUAGUCCUACCUUGCAGCCUGCUCUUAGGCUUACUAAUUCCAGUUUAAUACUUAACAACAUACUUCCAGGUUUUUUUUAACAAGAAGUUUUUGAAUUCCUCAGUAGAGAAAAACUGGGAAAAGAGCAGAGGGAUCAUUGUAGACAUUAAUUUAUUAAACAAACAAACAAAAAGGGGUUAUUUGGAGCUGUUUCAGCCCUUUUUUUUUUCUCUCACUUUAGGAUAUACCUUUGUUUCUUACACAGUUGCAGUAACACUCUAGCUGGUUUCCUGCCCUUUCUCAUUCGGUCUGUGUCUGUGCUCUGGCAGUGCCAGCCUGGGCCUCCUGUUCCCAGUAGGGUGGGCGUUUCUUGCUGCCAUGGGGUCUUGAGGCACAGCCCCCAGACUGUCGAGUCCAGGUGGGGGGGGACGCAAGACACACCUAUUUCCUGCUCUUUUCCCUCCCCCUUCGUCUCAGUCCCUUCUUUGAACAAAUAGUAAAUAUAGUGUGACUUUUUUUCCAGAUUCAUCUUAGCAUGUCUUGGUGGCUGUCUCAGUGACACGAUUCAAUGCUGAGUGUGUUGCGUGCUCUAGAUGGGCUGGCCCUGGAGCUGGAGCAGUUUCUUGUUGCUUCCCUCUUAGCCCGAGAGAGGAGAUUCCUUGGGUGUGUGUAUGUCUGUGUAAACCUGAGGACCUGCAGUAGGUUCAGUGUCCGUUUUGCCUUGGAAUCAGUGAGUGCAUUAAAUGCAUUGUCGUUAAGACACUCAUGUUUCCCACUUUAAACACUUUAAAAUAGCACUGUUCUGUAAUACAUCCACUGGUGAUGGGUAAAGGAACUUCAGUGUGUGUUGUACCCAAGUUUUUCUCUGGAUGGUGUUCCUUGGGGGUGAGUGGUGAGGGGCAGGAGCUACAGAUACAUGCAGCCCACCACGGCCUGAGUCCUUUCUAUUUCCAACCCUAGAAGUCUUCUGUUUAACACUGCUUCCGGCUUUAGUUCUUUUAUGGCAGUGAAAAAUAUCUGAAUAAAAUGUAAGAAAAAUACAA